AUGUCGGCAGGUGAGGAGCGGGGCGAUGAGGCGGCAGCGCCCGUGUACGUGUACGAAUCCAAGGUCCACUGUGCCAAUGUGCUGUUGAGCCUGGAGGAGCAGCGGCGGCAGGGCAUCCUGUGCGACGUGACCGUGUUGGUGGAGGGUCGGGAGGUGCGCGCACACAGGGCUGUUCUCGCUGCCAGCAGCCGCUACUUCUUGCAGGCCCUGCUGGGCCACAACGGAUCACCAGGCGAAACGGAGCCCAUCAUCAACCUGCCAGACAAGGUGACAGCAAAGGGUUUUGCUCCACUGCUCCAGUUUGCCUACACAGCUAAGCUGGUUUUAAGUCGCGAAAACAUCCACGAGGUCAUCCUGUGUGCCGACUUCCUGGGCGUUCACAACUUGGAGGACUCUUGCUUUCGGUUCCUUCAAGCUCAGCUACAGAACGACAGCCAAAUCGCCACUAACGGCAAGGUGGAAUAUGGUGAUGACAUCACCGAGGAUGCAGCCUUUAACGAGGCGAUAUCUUCAGAUGAGACGAGGCAGCAGACAAAUCACGUAGCAAGCACUGCGUCACUUCCCGCUGACCUUUCUCAAUGUCCAAAAUACAGGAAGUAUCAGUACCAGAUCUGUGAUAAUAAGCACAAUGGAGAAACCCAUUAUGGCAGUGAUGAUGCCAACCAUACCUCAGUCAGCCCUGUGAGCUCACAGCUCAGAGACAGCCGUGCCGCUCCACAGACUCUCCUUACACCCUCCAGGAUCAAGGAGGAACCAUUCAUGUUUGAAGAGGAAGGAGAUGAAAGGAGCGGUUGCAACCCAGAACUGUGUACUGAAGAAGUACUGGAGAUGGAGCUGGAGGUAGAAGGGGUUCCAGUAGCAACUGAGCACUCUCCAAGCCGAGGUUCACCCUCUUCCUGCCUGCGCUCUUACCUCCAGAGAGGCGGCCUGGAUCUCAGUGGCGUGCCCAGCACCACUAUCCAGCAACUACUCACCAACAGACUGUCCCUCAACCACUACAGGGAGCUGGUCAAAGACAGGCAGAGGGAUAAGAGGGACUUCAAGACCGGCAUUGCAGAUGUCAUACCAACAGCUCUGACUGGCAUUGGCAAGAACAUGGAAAGGCCAUUGUCCAAAGCCUCCUCCUCUAAACAAGAGGGGGAGCUAGACAGAGCCAGCGUCAUUUUCUCUUCAGCAGCUGGAGAACGACAGAUGUUGGCCCAUUCUUACAUGGACGAUAAGUUCAGAGAAAAAGUCUCAACCCUGAUGCAGGUAGAAGCUCCCUCUUCCGGACGCUCCUGCCUCACCACCAGCUGCCCUCUUCCCAUCAAGACUUCAGUCCACUCCCCUUCCCCUUCUGAGCCCCGGACACAGACCUCCAGCUCCCGUUCCUCAUUCUCUUACCCAGAGGACGCAGGCAGUGGUAGCUCCCCUUCCAGCCUUCCCCAGUUUGACUUCUCGUCAUCCCCACUCUCAGGCUCCACCUCUGGACUGUCACACUGCCUGGCUGGGGUAGUGGAGCAGAGGAACCCCCACAGUGGAGAGGUGGUCUUCUCUCAGGGUUGCUCCAGUAUCAAAAGUGAACAGGGAUUUGGUGCCAGUGGCGGUAACUCCAGUGACGAAUCAGGCUCUUUCUCAGAGGGGGACAGUGAAAGUGGUGUCUCCAGAGUCUCUGGCCCUGAGGUAAAACUUCCCUUCCCUGUAGACCAGAUCACCAACCUGCCACGCAACGACUUCCAGAUCCUCAUCAAGAUGCACAAGCUGACCUCAGAGCAGCUGGAGUUCAUCCAUGACAUCCGCCGCCGCAGCAAAAACCGCAUCGCCGCCCAGCGCUGCCGCAAGAGGAAGCUCGACUGCAUCCAGAACCUGGAGUGCGAGAUCCGCAAACUGGUGUGCGAGAAGGAAAAGCUGCUGAGCGAACGCAACCAGCUGAAGGUUUGUAUGUCCGAGCUGUGGCAGAACCUGUCUUUCCUCUCACAGCAGCAAGUGUGCAGGGAGGUGCAGGGCAGCCAGCCGCCACCUGUCUCCGCCAGCAUCGACCUCACAUCCAACCCGCCAUCGCCUUCUUCUGACGGGGGCUCCUUCUCACGGCCCAGGUCACCUGCGUCACAACACAGCGACAUUGCGUUUCUGUCUGACAGGGGUCCCAGUCAGGGGGGGCUGGAGGAUAGGCAGGCGGGGGUGGAGGUGUCAGGUGUGGGGCAGGAGAACCCCGAGCUGGUGCUGGGAUCCACGGAGGAAGUAUGUAGCCCCACUGUAACAGUGGACUUCUGUCAGGAAAUGACUGAGAAAUGCACCACAGAGGAACAGAAGAGACAGAACUGUACUUAG